UACCUGAGCCUGUGAACUCCAAUAAAACCCAUUUCUCAAAAAAAUCUUUUCUUGAGAGAAAUAAAUAAAACAUAGACGGCCAAACCAUUACUCCCAUCGGAAGUAUGGACGUCCAUCUUCUGCUUCUUCCUCCGUACAACACAUCCAUAACCCAAUCCCUGCAUCCCCAUUUUGCCCAAUUCUCUCGCGUUUCCAGUACCAAUUCUAGCCCUAGAACUUGCUCCUCUUCCACUUCCAGGUCUCAUGUUUCAUUUUUAGGGUCUCGGUUAAAACCCUUUACUCGGUUGGUCCGUUGCCACUCAAAUUCCGGCACCCCUUCACCAAAAUCUGAUGGAGAAGACAUCGUUCCCGUCUUAGGUAUAGAUGAAAUUCUGUCUAAGUUCCAACAUCGUACACAGAUAUUCUUUGCUGUUCUGUUUUGGAUGUCUCUCUUCUUUUGGGCUUGUGCAACAGAUGGGAAUAAUGAUGGUGGGUCAAGCAAGCGCUCUGGCUUUAGAAGAUGACUGUCGACUAGUGUAAGCAUUUAUUUUGUAAAUACCAAUAGUUAUAGGAGUGUAUCAAAUAUUAAUUUUCUUUCUUCCAAAUAAGAAAUGACUUUGCCUUGUAGAUACAGGUUGGUCAGGAACCUGUCCUGGUUGUUAAGUCUAUGUGAAAUUAUGCCAAAAUUAUGAAUAUUUAUCAAGAGCGAAAUCCUGAAUAUAUGUUUACUGUUUGCCUUUCAGAAUGAAAAUGUUUUCGUGGA